AUGGGGAUUGAGAUGGAAUCGGCGCCGAUGACGACCGACGAGUUUAUGGACGCCGGCGCCGAGUCAACUCUUGACAGAUCUAGAGCUCCGAGGCUAUUCAUUAAAGAGAUGGUUAUGAGGAACUUCAAAUCAUACGCGGGCGAACAACGCGUUGGCCCCUUUCACAAGAGUUUUUCAGCAGUGGUUGGUCCUAAUGGUAGUGGGAAGAGCAAUGUGAUUGAUGCUAUGCUAUUCGUGUUUGGAAAAAGAGCCAAACAGAUGCGUCUCAACAAGGUGUCAGAGCUAAUUCACAAUUCCACUAAUCACCAGAAUUUAGACAGUGCUGGUGUGUCUGUUCACUUUCAGGAGAUCAUUGAUUUGGAUGAUGGGACAUAUGAAGCUGUUCCGGGAAGUGAUUUUGUAAUAACCCGUGUUGCAUUUCGAGAUAAUUCCUCCAAGUACUUUAUUAAUGACCGCACGAGUAAUUUUACUGACGUUACAACAAAAUUGAAAGGAAAAGGAGUGGACUUGGACAAUAACCGUUUUUUGAUUCUUCAGGGUGAGGUGGAGCAGAUUUCACUGAUGAAGCCAAAGGCUCAAGGUCCCCAUGAUGAAGGUUUUCUUGAAUAUCUCGAGGAUAUAAUUGGAACUAACAAAUAUGUGGAGAAGAUUGACGAAUCAUAUAAGCAGCUAGAAGCCCUUAAUGAGAGAAGGUCUGGGGUAGUGCAGAUGGUUAAGUUGGCAGAAAAAGAAAGAGAGAGCUUGGAGGAUGUGAAAAAUGAAGCUGAAGCCUACAUGCUUAAGGAGUUGUCACUGUUGAAAUGGCAAGAGAAAGCCACAAAAUUGGCUUCUGAAGACAACUCCGCUAAAAUGGUGGAAUUGCAAGCUAAUGUGUCCAGCCUAGAAGAAAAUCUGAAAAAUGAAAGGGAGAAGAUUCGAGAUAAUAAAGAAACAUUGAAGGAGCUUGAGAGUUUGCACAUGAAGUAUAUGAAGAAACAAGAGGAACUUGAUAGCGGACUUAGGUGUUGCAAGGAUGAAUUCAAGGAGUUUGAAAGACAGGAUGUUAAAUACCGUGAAGAUUUAAAGCACAUGAAGCAAAAAAUCAAGAAACUCGAUGAGAAAGUUGACAAGGAUUCAACAAAAAUUACUGACAUAACAAAGGAGUGCGAGGAGUCAACAAAUCUCAUACCCCAACUGGAGGAAGACAUUCCCAAAUUGCAAAAACUCUUUCUUGAGGAAGAGAAAGUCUUAGAGGAAAUUAAGGAGAACUCCAAAGUGGAAACCGAGAUGUUCCGUGGUGAGCUAGCAAAGGUUCGUGCUGAACUAGAACCUUGGGAAAAACUAUUGAUUGAGCACAAUGGAAAACUUGAAGUUACGUCUACCGAAAGAAAACUUUUAAAUGAGAAGCUUGAAGCUGCCUGUGCUGCUUAUGAUGAUGCUCAAAAGAAGAUGUCUGACAUACAGAUGAGAAUUGAAACAAAGACUUCAAGUUUAAAAAAUAUUCAAAAUGAAUUAGCGAAAAGCAAACUUGAAGCAGUGGAAACUUGCAAACUAGAACAAGAGUUUCUCAAAGAACAAGAAAAGCUGAUUCCUCUUGAACAAGCUGCAAGACAAAAGGUUACCGAGCUUGUGUCUGUUAUGGAAUCUGAAAAGAGUCAGGGAUCUGUCUUAAAAGCACUACUGCAAGCUAAAGACUCAAACAUCAUAGAGGGGAUUUAUGGUCGAAUGGGUGAUUUAGGCGCUAUUGAUGCAAAAUAUGAUGUUGCCAUAUCAACAGCAUGCCCUGGACUUGAUUAUAUUGUCGUGGAAACACCUGCUGCAGCACAAGCUUGCGUGGAGUUACUUCGCAGUAAAAACCUUGGUGUUGCAACUUUCAUGAUUUUGGAAAAACAAGUUGAUCAUUUGCCUAGAUUGAGGGAAAAAGUUAGCACCCCAGAAGGUGUUCCACGCCUGUUUGAUUUGAUUAAAGUCCAAGAUGAUAAAAUGAAGCUUGCUUUCUUUGCAGCAUUGGGGAACACUGUGGUAGCUAAAGACAUUGAUCAGGCAACCCGUAUUGCAUAUAGUACAAGUAAAGAAUUUCGGCGUGUAGUCACACUUGAUGGUGCGCUUUUUGAAAAAUCUGGUACUAUGAGUGGUGGGGGAAGUAAGCCACGUGGUGGUAAGAUGGGGACAUCUAUCCGAGCUUCCAGCAUUUCUGCAGAGGCCGUUGCUAGUGCUGAAAAUGAGCUUUCUGUGAUGAUUGAAAAGUUAAGUAAUACUCGCCAAAGAAUUGCUGAUGCUGUGCGGCAUUACCAGGCUGCAGAAAAAGCAAUUUCCCACAUGGAGAUGGAAUUAGCGAAAAGCCAAAAAGAGAUUGACAGUUUGACAUCACAAUACGGUGAUCUUGAAAAACAACUUGAUUCCCUGAAGGCUGCGUCAGAGCCCCGGAAGGAGGAGUUGGAUAGACUGGCGGAACUCAGGAAAAUUGUAGCCAUAGAAGAAAAGGAGAUCGACAGGCUUACACAAGGUUCGAGGCAGCUUAAGGAGAAGGCUUUAGAGCUUCAGAGUAGGAUAGAGACUGCAGGCGGGGAAAGGUUAAAAGCCCAAAAGUUGAAGGUUAACAAGAUUCAGUCGGACAUUGAUAAAAGCAGCACGGAAGUCAACCGUUGCAGAGUUCAAAUAGAAACAGGUCAUAAAACAAUCAAGAAAUUAACGAAGGCAAUUGAGGAAUCAAAGAAGGAGAGAGAGCGACUGCUUAUAGAGAAGGAGAAUUUACUCUCUACCUUCAAAGAGAUCGAACAAAAGGCAUUUACAGUUCAGGAGAACUAUAAAAAAACACAGGAGUUAAUCGACCAACACAAAGAUGUGCUGGAUAGAGCAAAGCGUGACUAUGAACAACUGAAGAAAACUGUUGAUGAACUGCGGGCAUCUGAGGUUGAUGCUGACUACAAGUUACAAGAUAUGAAAAAGGUAUCCAAGGAGUUGGAAAUGAAGGAGAAAGGUUACAAGAAAAAGCUUGAUGAUUUGCAUAUUGCUCUCUUGAAGCAUAUGGAGCAGAUUCGGAAAGACUUAGUGGACCCUGAAAAGCUUCAAGCAACACUGGCAGCUGAAACUCUUGCUGAGGCAUGUGAUCUUAAAAGGGCCCUUGAAAUGGUGGCUCUGGUUGAAGCACAACUGAAAGAGAUGAACCCAAAUCUUGAUUCCAUCUCAGAAUACCAAAAGAAAGUGUCCUUGUACAAUGAACGGGUAGAGGAUCUCAAUGCAACAACUCAGCAACGUGAUGAUGUAAAGAAGCAAUACGAUGAAUGGAGAAAGAGAAGGUUAGAUGAGUUCAUGGCAGGAUUUAACACAAUAUCUUUGAAGCUGAAGGAAAUGUAUCAGAUGAUCACACUUGGAGGAGAUGCAGAACUUGAGCUGGUGGACUCUUUGGAUCCUUUCUCUGAAGGUGUUGUUUUCAGUGUUAGGCCACCUAAGAAGAGCUGGAAGAAUAUUGCCAAUUUAUCUGGUGGUGAAAAGACUCUCAGCUCAUUAUCACUUGUUUUUGCACUCCACCACUACAAACCCACACCGCUUUAUGUAAUGGAUGAGAUUGAUGCUGCUCUGGGUAUAUUUAUUUACUGUAAAACAUAUCUUUUUGCCAAAAAGAUUCCAUUCUUUACCGCAUGUUUAUAUCAUUAAUCUUCACUUGUUUGUCUGGUUUACGUGUUCUGACAGAUUUUAAAAAUGUUUCCAUUGUGGGGCACUAUGUGAAAGACCGUACAAAGGAUGCACAGUUUAUCAUCAUAAGCCUUAGAAACAAUAUGUUUGAGUUGGCAGAUCGACUUGUUGGAAUUUAUAAAACUGAUAAUUGCACCAAGAGCAUUACUAUCAACCCAGGGAGUUUUGUGGUUUGCCAAAAAGCUUCUUAAUGGGGGCCUUUCAAGCAUUGUAAGUUCAGUUCAAUGUCAUAAUUAUCUACUUGUCAGAAUUUGCCUGCAGAUUGUGAAUGUCAAUUGGAUGCUUAUUGACAUAUAUAAUCAGAUGUAUGUAUAUUGUUUUUUAAAAUCUUCUUCACAAUUAUUGCGAUGUAUAUAAUUGAGAGUAUUGCAUUGUCGUUCAAUUGGCCAAACUGUCGGAUAAGGAUUAAUAUGUUUCAGUUGUGCCUUUUCUCUGUGCUCGAGAAAAUAUUGGCUACCUCUGUUGUGCUGUGAAGUUGAAUUGAGAAUGCACGAUUUUGUGUCAACAUUGUUAAGAAUCUGUACUAUUUUAUUUAUCUGAG